CUCUCCAGCGAAGGGGAAAGGGCUGGGGGCUGGCAGUGAGAAACUACAAGUCCCAUGCGGCAGCGAGCGGCGCAUGCGCAAUAAGCGCGGCAGAGGCGGCAGGAGGGGCGCGCCUGCGCUGUGGCGCCCGCGGCCGUGGCGGGAAGCGCAGGAAGAAAAAAUAUGGUAACCCACAGACUGUUGCUGACAGAAGGAAGAAAACUCUAACUGCUCACAAACACUUCUUGUCAGGAUGCAAUUCCUACAGAUCUUGUCCAGGAAACUGGGGAGCCUGGAAGUGCUUUUUCAAAUACCAUUUUGCCAAAAGCAAUUCCCAUACACAUAUCUGUCUACCUCUGCAUGUGUUUAUAGCAAGAAGAAAAAAGGAAACAGUUAUGAACAAGUUGACCAAGAAAAAUACACAAACUUGGUCCACUCUGUUACAUCUUAUAAAACCAGUGCCCAAACACCAGAGACAAUACUUGAGGAAGACAAUUUGUUAUAUGGGCCACCAGCUAAACACAGACCUCCAAUUAAAGCAGGGACAAAAACUCCCAAGAAUUGGGUUCCUUUAAUAAACCCCAGCAAGAGAAUUCUUUCUGUCAGCAGUGAUUCAAACAUCCCCAUGAAAAUUGGGUUACAAAGAACGAAGAUGCCCAGUGUUACCCGUAUCCUUCAGCAAACCCUCUCUCCGCAGCAAGUCUUUUAUCUGGAAAGAUGGAAGCAGAAGAUGAUAGAGGAGCUUGGAAAAGAUGGAUUUGAAGAGUAUACCAAAAAUCUUUUUCUCCAAGGAGAACUCUUCCAUUCAGCUUUGGAAUCAAUAUUCCUGUCUGAAGAGAUGGCAGCUAGGGACCAGGCUGAAGAUGAUACCGUGGCAGGCUACUUAUCCAGUGUGGGACAUGUCUUGGAAGACAUCAGCGAGGUGAAGGCUCUGGAAAGUGGAGUUCACCAUGAGACCCUGCAGUACCUGGGCCUGGUCGACUGCGUGGCCAAGUAUCGGGGCCAACUGUGUGUGAUCGACUGGAAAACUUCAGAGAAGCCAAAGCCAUUUCUGCAGAAUACUUACGACAACCCAUUACAGGUUGCAGCAUAUAUUGGAGCCAUAAAUCAUGAUGCCAAUUAUGACUUCCAGGUUCGCUGUGGGCUCAUUGUGGUUGCCUACAAGAACGGCUCUCCAGCACAUCCGCAUUUCAUGGAUCCUGACCUGUGCUCUCAGUACUGGAAUAAGUGGCUCUUGCGCCUGGAGGAGUACAUGGACAAAAACUGACCCAGACUAAGCACAAGCAAGUGGUCUGAGCAGAGAGACAAAGGAAGAACCUUUUGCUUAAAAGUACCACUUCCGUGUUCUUUUUUGAGUAACUUUGGCUAAUUUCUUACUAGUAGGGCUCCCCUCUCUCCCCUCCCAAAAAGGUGAGUAAAUUUCAGUCGGAGAAUAUUUAUUUCCUUAUAUUGUAAGUGAUCUUAGUGGUCCAGGCAGAACAAAGCCAACUUAUUUAGCCUCUCUUUUUUUAUCCCACACACUUUACACAGCCUGAGUUUGAUAGAAAAGUUUUUAUUGUCAGGUAAAACUACUUGAUCAAAUCAUCUUUCUUUCAUGAUUUUUGAGGGGAAAAAAAUGUUGCAGAAGGGAAUCUUUGAAAAUGAAGUUGGUGAACUAGAGCAAAACAACUGCAACGUAUGAGCUGAAAGAAAUGCAAAUGAUAAAGAAAUGGAUAUAGUAGACUGGGUUUCAGUAAGUUCUUGCUCAUGUAAUCAUCAGGCUUGUUAUUUUUUGUGGUUUUCCGUACAGUUACAACUGGAAAACCGGUGUUGAGAGUUAUAAUGGAAUUCCUCUUUAGUUCUUAUUUAGAAUAGAAUGACAAAGUGGUCACUUAGCAGAAGUGGCUCAGCAAGAGAGGAGCGUAAUUGGGAUCAACACUCACAGAAAUUUCCAGCAGGUGUUCUAAGAGCUGGAAAUGUUGGCUCCUGCAGGUGGCUCCUCCUACAGGUUAACACCCAGCUCACAGAAAAGCACUGUGAAAUAGGCUGUGUGCCUUGGCUUGGGAGCUCUGAGCUCUCCUGAAUCUGCUGUGGGUCUGGACAGCAGACAAGGAGCCCACCUUGUGAAACAAUCCCCCUGUCACAGAAGUGAGUUUCUGUAUCAAAGCAGGCCUGUGGCUGUGAAGCUGGGCCUUCUGAGGGGUGAAAAGUUGCUGGUUGGGUUUUAGGGGCUGUUUCUUAUAGGUCUUUCUUUGUUUUGUUUUGUUUCUUUUUUUUCCAAAUAAGUUUGUAAAUAAAUGUUUUGAAACAGAA